AUGGAAAUNUCGGGCUCAUCGAACUCAAGUUCAUCGCCUGUCGGUCAAAUCUCAUCGAAAUUACUUGAUUAUCAAAUCUCAUCACCAUCAACCACAGGAACAACGACAACUGUUAGUACAACUAAUUCAACAUCACACACGUCGUCGAUUUUGAGUACAUUAACUAUGCAGCAACAAUCAAUGACCACUAAUGAUUCGAUGCAUACAGAUACGAAUAACGGCAUAUCUUCGAUCUAUUUUUAUAAUAAUCAGUACUUAGCACCGAGUUACGAUAUUAACGAUACAAAUAAUAUUCCCGAAACGUUAACUAAACUCAUUGAAUCAGAUCAAGCUUAUCGAUGUACAGAAGUACGUUAUAUCGAAGAUAUUCAACAGAUUCACAUUGAUUUGAAUCGUGAUGGUGGUGAUAUAUUAGUGGUCUGUUCACUAUUAGAUAAACUAUGUUUUCUAAUGGUUGAUUGGGCACGACAAUCAUUAUAUUUCAAAGAUAUUCAGAUUGAUAAUCAGAUAAAAUUAUUGAAAGCAGCAUGGAUUGAAAUCUUAAUUAUUGACCUUAUUUGGAAACAAUGUCAACAACCAAAAGAGACGUGUGUCAAUUGUAUCGUUAGUGCUAAUGGACAAUUAUUAAAUAUCAAUUUGAUUCAAAAUCCUGCUGUUAAAAAGCUCGCAGAAAGAUAUUUACAAUGUGUAAAUGAUUUUCGUCAGUUACAGUGGCAAUAUCCAGAGUAUCUUGCACUAAAAUACCUUGUUCUCUUCGAUCCAGAUGUUCAAGGUGUCACGGAAUCGAGUUUAAUCGAGGAAGUUCAAGAGAAAAUCACGAAUGCAUUAGGUGAAUAUACAACCGAUCAUAAUAAUCCAUCGACAUCAAACUCAACCAACCGUUCUCCAUCUCAACAACAAGCACCAACCAAUGAACAAGAGAAAUUUGCUUGUAUUCUGUUAAAACUGCCCGAUGUGCGUUUGAUUGGCAAUGAUUUGAAGAAAUUUUUACAACUAAUUGAUCGUAAACACAGCGGCAAACUUCUUGACGGUUGUUUACUUGGCGAAAUGCUCAACGGUUUACAAUCGAAUAAUUAA